AUGGCUUUCCACUUCAUCUAUCGACAAACUUUCGCCACAUUGCGCCGCCUUCGCCGAGCACUACACCCGUCACCAUGCUCAACCAACGGGAAUGAGCCGCAAUCACUACGAUCCACAGCCUGGCUCGAUGGACUUCGAGGACUCGCCGCUCUAUCAGUCUUCAUCCUGCACCACGAGGAAUAUGGGCACCACAUGUCGAAAUACAUCAUAAUCGAAGAUCCCUGGGGUCUCAAUGGACAAUACCACAUUGCAACAUUUCCAUUCAUCCGACUCAUCUUCAGCGGCGGGAUCUUUGCCGUUCCGAUAUUCUUCAUUAUAUCAGGCUAUGUCCUCGCACAUAAGCCCCUGCAGCUAGUCCAGCAGCAGGAUUUUAGCGUCCUUGCGAAGUCGACCGGUUCAAGUCUUUUUCGUCGAUGGGGAAGACUUUUCUUGCCGGUCUAUGUUUCGACGUUUAUCUGGAUGUCUAGUUGGUAUGCUCUGGGAUUCCGCAGUUUGGCGAAAGGAUCGCCGGAGUUGCUGGAUUCGUGGACGGCGGAAUUGAGAAGGUGGUGGGAUUUGCACAACGCUGGGGAUAUUACUGGAUACAAUCCUCAUUUGUGGACGAUCCCGGAGGAGUUUUGGGGCUCGGUUUUCAUAUACUGCACGAUCCUUGCGACGUCUCGUUUCUCGAAGGAAGCACGAUUGGUAACAGAGGUAGCCAUGUGCGCCUACCGUCUCUACCUCGCGAAGGUCGAUGCGCUGUUCUUCGUAGGCCUCAUCUUCUGCGACAUCUCACUGCUUUCUGAAGCUAAGCAGCUGCCGAACCUGCUGAAGCGAGUCAGACCGCGUCACCAAGGCAUGUGGUACAUCUUCCUCGUGCUGGGAUUGUACAUGUCAGCGCUCGGGCAUGGCUUCGCGGGCGAGCCUCAACAUUUCAGCGCGUAUCCAGGCUGGUCGGCUCUGCACCUUCUCCUUCCACCGAACUACCCAGACUUCAAAUUCUGGUAUCGCUUCUGGGGCUCGACUCUGGCAGUCACAUCCAUACCACAAAUUUCGAGUUGCAAGCACAUACUCGAGAUGCGAUUUCCACAGUAUCUUGGCCGGGUAUCUUACAGCUUCUAUCUUAUCCACGGCCCUUUGCUUUGGAGUGUGGGAGUCCGAAUGUAUGCUGCGUGUGGGCUGGCAAGACGCUAUCGCCAGAUCAGGACCUGUGACAACUGGAUGAAGCUUCCCAAUACUGGGCCGCUCGGAAUGGAGGUCAGAUGGCUCUUGCCAAUGCUCUUCAUGCUAAUUUUGACAUUGGCAGUGGCAGAUCUUUUCACGCAGCUGGUGGACGAGCCGAGUAUCAAGUUCGUCCAAUGGGCUUUUUCUGAAGGGGUGGAUGGGACACCGAAGAAUGCUUAUGCUCUGCAACAGGUCGAUCCAGAGUCGACGCCGGAGGGCAAUCCGUGCGAUAACGUUCUCAUCGUGUAG